AUGAACAGAAGUUGUAUCGCUUGCGCAGAGUCCAAGCUUCGAUGCGAUCUGAAACAAUCAGGUCCUUGUUCUCGAUGUGUACAAAAAGGGUGGACAUGCGCGAGGGCGGAGCGCAAGAAACGCGCACGAAGAACCAGGCUUAAUCCUCUUCCACUUCAAAACAGAAGUGUGGAUGAGUCUCCUCGAAUCUCGGAAUCGACAUUCAAUGUACUUGACUCUGUCGAUUGGUCCUCGCUGGAAAGUUACUCAGCAGACGAAGUUGAUUUCCUAGCUCAGCUGGCCGAGCUUGAAAACUCCGUCGAUAUGAGCUCCUUCAGUUGGAUAUCGCAUGAGAUUCCCUCGAUGGCCAGUGACAACAGUUCGUCUCAGAGCACCAGCGAAAGAAGAUAUGGUCUCGGGGUUCCGGAGGUCUCCAUGAAUGUGGGAUAUCUGUCACCAGAUAAUUUCCGACUGCCUGCCGAUUAUGUCCUGGGAUUAGAAGGCCCAGAAACUGUCCCAGUGCAUCAACUGGAGACUUAUGCGAGACUUUUUCUAGCUCAUUUCCAUCCUUUCUUCCCUCUGCUGCAUCUUCCUACCUUUCAUCUAGCCUUGUCUCCCGCAGUGCUCGUGAGAGCGAUCUGUUUCAUAGGUGCUGGCUUCGAAACCAGUGCAGCAUCGAAAUCGAAUGCGAACCUCCUUCAUGAGUCCCUAUCAUCUCUGCUCGCCAAAUGCUACCUUCAUUGCGACAAGUCGACGCCAAAAUUAGAAGAGCUCCAAGCAGUACUUUUCUUUCAAUUCGCAAGUAUGGCGAACGAAGAAAGCGCAGCUGAGCGAGCUGCCUCACGACUCCUGCAUCCACUCCUCGUCGCAGCCAUCCGACAAGCAGGGCUUCUCAAGAUCCACGGCGAGUGCUCUAAGGCUAAGCGAGAUGCCCAUAAAUGGCAAUCGUGGAUUACGAAAGAGUCCGAAAAGAGAGUUCUGUGGGGCGCCUUCACAAUCGAUUGCUACCAGUCCUUAUUAUGUGGGAGUAAGCCACUUCUUUCGCCGACAGAUACGCGGGCCUCAUUUCCAUGCGACGAUUCAAGCUGGAACGCCUGUUCCGCUUCAUUGUGGGCUGCAAUCCCCGCUCAAGAUCCGUCUAGCUGCUUCCUAUCCUCUGUCAAGGGACUUAUGGCGCGACAGGUCCCGUCAGAGUCAAACUUGACUACAUUCGGCAUGAAUCUUCUGAUACUGGCGAUUCACUCUCUUCUGUUAGAGGCUCAAACAUCACUGCUCCCUGUUGAUCUCUCUGUCUUAGAGGGAGCAUUAAAUACAUGGCACUUGACAUGGGAGCGCCUCCAAAGGCUGCAACAAUAUUCUGCAUUGGGGUUGGGCGAUCUUUUGAUUGCAAAUAGUCUUUCCUUGUAUUAUCUGGCUUCUCAUUUCUUACGGAAUGGGCGCCCGGUACUAGGCGAGGGAGCUUAUAUUCAGAGAUCGAGGGUACCCGGCAAUCCACUUAUAAUCAAAGAACAGGUUUAUCAAGCUGAAAUGAUGAGAAGCGUUCGGGAAAUGCUUCGCGAAUAUCAAGGACUCGGGAAUGAACUGGCGAUUAUUUGA